ACGUCAGACCGGAAGCACUGACUAAACGGUCGGUUACCUUCUGUUGGUGAAUUCAGUGGCUUCUUUUCGAAGAACUUUCAAUUCUCGAGGACUCAAUUUCACCUUCUUGAAGUGCAUUUUGUGCUCCAGCUUUACGGUACCGUUUAGCUCCACCAUGACGGAGACGCAACUGCUCAGACUGCGAGUCAACCAGCGACUGGAAGCGGCCGUCGAGGAAAUCUUCGGACUCGUAGAGAACACGAUAAUGGAGUAUAAGGAGGAAGCUUUCCGCUCCAAGAAGGAAAUCAUCCGGCUGAAGCAGCAGAUCGAGCAGCUGACCGUUUUAAAACCAGAGGUUCUUCUAAACAGAGAAACCAGUCCGGUUUCUGAAGAACCGCCUCCUCCAUUGCAGCAACGUUGCAUUAAGAGAGAAAAGAUUGUCGUUGUGAAGGAAGCUGAGAUCCAGAAUUCCCCACAGAUCAAAGAGGAGGAGGUGGAGCGGUGCAUUAGUCCAGACAUGGAGGACGACACUUCUGACGAGGAUGAAGUCAGAAGUCCUAAUUCAGACCCUAACUCUGAACUUUUUAUGGCUCCCACGGCUGAAACAAGGAGCGUAACGGAAAGCGUAGACGAGGAAUGGGACGAAAGAGAUGGCUCAUCUUCCUCUCGCCAGGGUCGAAGCGUUGAGGUCUUUGUUGGCCUGGAACAGCCUCCGAGAGGAGACAAGUCCUGCCGUUUUUGCGGGAAACACUUUAGGAAGGACUCUUUCCUUAUCAGACAUGUAGCCAAGAGUCACAAAGGGCACAAAGCCUUUAAAUGCCUGGAGUGCGAAAAGGAGUUUGAACAAAGGUACCAUAUCAUUCAACAUAUAAGAAUUCACACCGGUGAGAAGCCCUUUCAAUGUGACUACUGUGACAAGACAUUCGCUCAGAACUCAAGUCGUAUUGUUCACAUGAGGGUGCAUACCGGGGAGAAGCCAUAUUUUUGUAAUAAAUGUGGCAAAAGUUUUGCCAUCAGCAGUCACUUGAGAUUUUGCAAAGGUACACAAAAGAAAAGCAGCCUCGACUUUCGCUGCUUAACAUGUGGCCGAUAUUUUCAAAGCGAGUCAAACCUGAAGGUGCACAUGGAGAUUCACGAGUCAUGGAAACGACACAUGAGUGAGAAACUACAAGGACAGGAUGUAGAAGAGGAGAACCCUUAGAGCCGUGUGAGGAAACAUGGCUAUGGGUAACCAAAUGUUUUUAAAAUGUAAAAUUCCAUCUUCAGACAACAAUAGCUCUCAAAUAUGUCAAAUAAAAUAGCGCCAUAUUCCUGUGUUUUGGAUGUGCGUUUACAUAGAAGCAGCAGCAGCUCACUUUGUUCUUGUAGACGCUGAUGUAUAGAAACAUAGUGAGCAUGACAACACAGACACAAUGAAGUCUGCUUUUAUUUUUUAGAAACCCUUCUAUAGCAGCCAUAAAGCUAGAAUAUAUAUCACCUGGUGUAGUGCGUUGAAAUGAUUCACCGUAAAACCACCUUUGGGUGGAAUCGUUUACACGGUUUAGGUGGCUCUUCCCUCACUCAAAGGUGUCUUGCUACAGAGAACCUCACCAUUCAUCACCUGCCCACUGUUCAACAGUGAAAUGUGAAAAGAUGAUUAGAGAAAAACAAUGCAGGAACACAUGAAAUAAGGUUAUGAUCUCAUCACACCUCGCUGGUGAAAAAACAAUCACAUGAUCAGGACUCGUUAGUCCUGGAUUUAAAAAUCAACGUCCAAACUGCUUUGGAGAAUUUCAUUAACUGGAUGGUAAUAAACAGCACUAGUUGGCCUGAUAACUCAAAUAACACAUGAUUUGUAAAAUCUAAUGUUGACUUGCUUUUAUAAAAACAAAAAAACAUGUUAAGGAAAAUGUCAUGUAAAAUACGUCAUCUAAUACUUUGUUUUAAAAAAAUAAAAGGUUAAACAAUC